AUGGCGAACGUUGAGGAGACGGCGACCGAAAACGACAUUGAGAAUUAUGAUAUGCCUCCACCUAAUCUUCCGACAAAACCUCCAGACCAGGCAAAACUUACAAAGGAAGAAUCAAAAUCGAAACCUUUAUCAAAAGAAAAGAAGGAAUCGGUGCCGGAAUUGCCCUACAAGGAACCAUCGUGGAGUGGUAUCCCAGACGAAUUCUACAACUUGGAAGUUUUGAAGAAUGGAUGCAUAAUAACAAAUGUUGAUCUCACUAGUAAACCUUUUCAUGUGUUUGGAAGGCUUCCUAAUUGUGAUGUUAGCUUAGAACAUCCUUCGGUUUCUAGAUACCACGCAGUGAUUCAGUACAAGACGAGCGAUACUUCAAACAGCGAGAAGGGUUUUUACCUCUAUGACCUUGGUAGCACACACGGAACAUUCGUCAAUAAGUCAAGACUUGAAUCUAAACGUUACUACAGACUGCGUGUAGGAUAUGUGAUUAAGUUUGGGGGAAGCUCCAGAUUAUUUAUUCUCCAGGUAAGCUCGAAUCUGAAAUGGUGCAGAAAAAAUCUAAUUAUUAUAGUGGUUUGUGUUUGAUUGAUUCGAUCCAUUCAUCAUGUGAAUUAUUGUGUAAAGAUGCGUGUAUUGGUGAAAGCACACACACAUACCGUAUUAAGAAUGUACAUUAAAAAGAUUACGCGCUUCUGAUUGGUUGAAAACGAGUGUAUUUUCAUUUAACACGAGUGUAAAGUUGUAACAUGAGUGCAAGUUACAACAUGAUUUCUCGUGCAAUUUGGUGUAAAUAAGCACUAAUAAAUUUUCCAAAGACUAGGGCUCAUACAAUUUUGUUGUCUUUGAAAAAUUGACUUGUGCUUAUUAACACCAAAUUGCACUCAAAAUCAUGUUGUUACCUGUACCUAUAACAUUAGGCACCCAACCUUGAAUAAGUGCCCACCUCGAAUAAGAGCCCACUUAGAAUAAGUGCCCAUCCUGUGGGUAGAAAAAGCUAAGCACCUAGUCUCUAGUAAGUGCCCAUUUCAAAUCGUUGAGUGUACUUCUCUCCAUAAUACUACGUUAUUUUGCUUUUGUCUGCAGGGCCCUGAAGAUGGUGAAGAAUCUGAUUCAAAUGCUGCUAUACAAACAGACAGACAAACAGAAGUCAGGAGCAGUGAAGUAGGCAGAGUUAUGACCGAAGAGGAAUAUGAAGAAUGGAAGAAAGAAAGAGAGGGAGGAAAACAAAAUGAAGAAGAUACAGGAAUUGAUUGGGGAAUGGGUAAUAAUUUAUAUUGAGUAAAAAUUUAUUCUGCAUUAAAAGAGAAGAGAAGUCUUAUUUUGGCCAUUUGCUAACUUGUCUUCUAAUAACCGACCCACUGAGUUUUUUUAACUGUUACACAAGCACUACUGAUGUCAUGAAAGGGGUAAGGUUUUCUUGUUUUUGAAAAUUGCAUCAAGUAUGGUAUAGCUUGCUUUGCUUUCACUUGUAUCUGAGAAUUCUGAAUUGUUCAUUGCAUAUUAAGUAGAAUUAUAAAUUUUGAGCCCUCCAGCAAAAUUAAAUGGUUUCCCUUUUCAAAAAUAAAUAUAUAGCACUUAUUACUUGUGAUGUAAGUGGUCCCUUGCAAUGAUCAUAUCCUUUUACUUAAUUCCUUAGGGGAGGAUGCUGUUGAAGAGCCUGCAUAUCCACCUGAUUUUGGUGAAACUGAGAAGGCUGAGGAGCAUCAUUUCAAAGAUCCUAAGAAGACUUUGAGGGGAUUCUUUGAAAGAGAAGGUUUUUAAUAUUAAUAAUGAUUGUGGUUCUUUAUGAAAUUUUUUGUGUCAAUAGUGUUCCAUUUAUGUUGUUUAUUUUUUCUUUGUUCUAUGUUCAGUGACUCUGAUUAAUUGUGCUGUAAUAUUUUAUUGUUAUGGUUGUCAGGGCUGGAGUUAGAGUAUGAUGUGGAAGAGAAAGGUCCAGGUCAUGCAAAAGUUUUUCACUGCAGAGUAAAGUAAGUGAAAUUUUUAAUGUGGAAGUGACAUGGCCUUUAUGGUAAGAGUACUGGAUUUGAAAACUGGAGGUCCUGGGUUCAUAUUGUCCACUUUUUGUCUCAAGAAGAUUUGCUGCUCUAUAGUUUUGAGUCCUACUCCAUUGCUAUGAUUUAUGUCUAGUAGAAUUUGGGGUAUUGGUUUAAAUGUUAUACAAAAAUACAAAAUUUAUGUUUUAUUUUCUUUGGUUGGUGAUUUAAUACCAUGACCUAUAAACAAAGUUAUUACUAUUAUAGUUAUAACCAAUAGUAUGAAUAAUUAUUAUACUUAUUAACUCUCAUGAUAUCAUUAACACUAUGGUAAUCGCAUUUCAAAUAAUGACUAUAAUAAUUUUGAUAUGAUAUUUUAUUAAUAACAUAACCCUUUAAACCCUAAUGGUGACAAGCAUCGUUUCUCCUCACAGAAAUACAGAAUCAUUCAUUAAGAUCAUAAGAAUGAAGGAAGUGUCAAACCAACAAGCUCUGUUUGAUAAACAAAUUCUCCUUGUCAACACAAAAAUAAAUGUAUAUUGAAGAGUGUGGAGAAUAUGAAGAUUGACCAUGUUACAUUUUUUAUAGAUUGCCAAUAGAUGGGCCAAGUGGUGAUCCUCUUUAUGCCGAGGCUGCUAUCACAGGAAGGAAGAAGGAAGCAGUAUUGGAGUGUGCGAAGGAGGCAUGUCGAAUGCUGGAUGCUGCUGGCCUCCUAAGACAGUCCUCUCAUGGUAGUGGACCACUUUAUAUAUUUGUAUCAGUCAGAUAAAUUCAUGGUUGAUUUUAAUAAUCAUAAGAAAUUAUAUGUUUCAUUUAUUUCUCUUAAGUCAGUUUCAAGUUGGAGAUGGAUUCUAUUAAAUGUGUUAAUUCUAGUUCUGUUGUUUCCUGUGCAGAGAGUAGGAAACACAAAGAGAAAAAUUGGGAAGAAAAUGAUUUUUAUGACAGUGAUGAAGACAAUUUCUUGGAUAGAACUGGAUCAGGUCAGUUGUAAUUUGUUGCUGAUAAAUAUCCGUGUUGAACCAAACAUAAAUUGUUAAUUUACAAGGAAACGUGAAGCAGCCUGAGUAGAGAAUUAACAAUCAGAUCUUGGGGGUUUAAUUGUUAAUAGCUUUGACUCUUUGAUCUUAUAGUUGAGAAGAAAAGAAUACAAAGAAUGAAGCGUGCCGGUAAAGAUCAGUCCACCACAGAAACUUAUGAAUCUUUGGUAAGAUAUUUAAACACUUUUACAAAUUAGAUCAAUGUUUACAUUAAUUUAUUGCAUUGUGACAGUUGGAACUAUGUCCAUAUUUCCCUGUUCCUUGUUAUCUUUACUUAAUGCAUUGAAUUGCUCUGGGUUUUCUACAAGUUCUCAAACUUAAGACCCCUUGCCCCAAUAUUGUGGCAGAAUUCCCCCUUACCAACUAAGCUGCAAAGGACUCUUUGGUGAGCCAGGAAAGGUGGUAGAGUCACAUAAAAUUAUGAGACUGUCUGUAUAUAACAAAUUCUUAACUUUGUGUUUUUAUUGCUCUGAGCAAGACUUCAAAGCUUCAGAUGUUGGAUGAUGAAAUUUCAGAUUGUGAGAGUAGAUUAAAGCAAGAUGCAGCAGGUAAGUUUUUUGUAAAGUGGAUUUAUUGGUUAAGAUAGAUGUUCUGAGAAAUUCCAUUUUGCAGGUGUUUGCUGCUAUAUUUUACUAGCCCUUUGUACUUGCAAAUUCUACAUGUGAUUUUCAAAGAGGAUUAGAAUUUGUCAGUGAGCAUUUUCAACCUAAUUUCCAGAGCAGUUUUUAUUAAUUGACAUCUCAUUUGGUUUGACUACUUCAUGUUUUUUAGGAAGAAAUGGUUCAAUGUCUGGAGAUGCUGACUCUUUGGAUGAUUUCAUGAGCUCGCUUGGAACAUCACUAGACAAGACAACAAGGACUCAGAUCAGAAGAAAAAUAUUUGACCUGAAAAAGGUGAAUUUAGUAAUAACUUUAAAUUUACCAUGAGUAACUGUGUGAUUUGAGACUACAUUGGUUUUGCUUUUAUGUUGCUUUGUGUUUGAUCUUGAAAUAAUUUUCACACAAAGCCAAGAACAUGUCUUUCCCUUUGGCCUCUCAAUGUGUCCCUUCAAGAUUUUUGUUACUACUUUCCACUAGUUUUGGUUCACAAUACUCAAUCAGUAAAAUUGCCUUUUAUGCAUGUAAUGUUAAGUGGUAAAGGUAUGAGAAAGGUCAUGAUGAGAAGAUAUGUAAAUGCAUAAUAUCUCCAUUAUUUUCUAGGAGAGACAAAGACUGGUCAAACUUGUUAAUAUUGCCAAGCCAGCUAAUCUUCCACCAGUUGCAGAGUAAGAGGAAUUUUCAAUGGCAAAUGUGAAAUCUUAUUUUAAACAAUUUGCGAGAAUAUUCCACCCUCACAUCUGUGUAUUUACCAUGAGCUGCGUCAAAAUAACUUAAUUUUAAAAUAGAGUGUGCAAUUAGACCUAAAUUGCUGCAUUUCUAAAUUUGGUCCACCUAGUAUUGUUUGGUGUUUUUUUUUUGUUUUGUUUUGAGGUUAAUUAAAAAUCACUGAAAAAAUGUCAAUUACUCCAAGGCAAGUUGCUACAAGCUGAUACUUGUAUUAACACCUUCAUUAGCUAUUUUUAACAAUUGUUUUGCUUUCCAGGCAAGCACAUGAUAACAAUCUCAAAAAAUUGAGCACAGAAUUUGAAAGUAAAGCUACUGACUCUUCAUCAAGUAAGACAGCAGAUAUAAACACAGAUUCUAGACACACAUUCUCAGCUAUGCCAGAAGAAGAAAAACAAACCAAAAGGUCAGCUGAUAAGGAACAUUUACAUGAAAAGGUACUCAGGGACAACAGUCAAUCAGAUCCUACAGAACAGAAAGAAUUUGCUGUUCCUGUUUUGCCUGCUUUGGGUGGAAGGAAAAAAAAUCAACAAAAAAAGGAUGUUGUAGUGCCAUCAGACAGUGACAAGACUGUAGACGUAGAAGAAACAGAAAAGUUUGGGCAAGAAGAAGAUGGGGAAAGUGAACUAGGAAUGAAAAGAGUCAAUUCAGAUGGAGGGACAGAAUUGCAGGAAGAUGAUAAGAACAGAACAGAAGAAAAUGUAAGCUGUGAAUAUUUCCCCUAAAAUAUGUAUUGUAUAUACAUUUAUUGUCAACGUCAAGUGGGAAGUAUGAUGGUAUAAAAUUAUGUGAUGAUAAUUAGGAAAAUGCUACUUAAGAGAAAGUAAAAUGAUCUACAAAUCCCCUCUAUUCAAAAAGGGUAACUGAAAUCUUAUGUUGUAGCAGUUACUUUCACCACCUCAUUUUUCUUUGCUUUUUUUCCUAGAAUGAAGAUAUUCCAAAAAAGAGAAGAAAGAUGAAGAAACGGUCAUAUGGUGUGCCCACACAGUGGCAGGCUGAUAGUGACCCUUCAUUUACUGCAUGGAUGCCUCCUGAAGGUUUGUCCACUUGUUGACUGUUGAAAGUGACUGGUUGUACAGUUCUUAUAACUUAGGGAAGUGUUCCUCCAAAGGACAAGAAAAUGUUUGUGAGGUGCAAACUAAGGAAGUUGAAAGGUGGUAUGGUCUAAAUGAUCAGUUAAAGUAAAACACCAAGGUACAUAUACUGCCUUUCAUGCCAUCUGUUCAGUAACAGUCUCUGAUUCAGGGAGACCCAGGUAGACAUGGCCACAAGUCAAGCUGACAAAGUCGCUCUGACAAGGGGCUCAUGCCUGAAACUCAACUAUAGAAGGCUAUAAAAGUGACUAGUUCACAAUAUCAACUCAGUUGAUAAAUCCAGAUUAUCCUGUGCAGCCUGCACUGAAACAGCACCACAUUCUCUUUAGAAGCUUACCCCAUUUAUGCAAAGGCUGAGUUUUUGACUAGAAAAGUUUCUGCAAGGCUCAAAAACUAUGUUGAGAUCAAAAUAGGAGCCUACCCCAACAACUGGAAUGGCUGAGGAAAAUGUAUCUUAUCAAUGAAUGGGAAUUUCCUGGUAACAAAAUAAAAAUUAAUUGGUGUUUGUCAUGGUCAGAAGUUGUCUUAGUUGACUAAGGUGGCACUGGAGGAUUUUUCGGACAAGAUUGGUGAUUUAACCCAUAAAUUCUCAAGAGUGACCCAGACAGAAUCUCUCUUUACAUUAUCAAUACAAUUUCAAGAAGACAAGUGUUUGGAAUAAUGAGAAACAUCAUUAAGGGGAUUAUUAGUGAUCCAAUACCAAAUUCUCCAAACUAUCAUCAUCGGAAUUGUAUGGCAGACAGUAAGGAGAAUUAUUAAUGAGAUCUUGGGAGUGAAAGGGUGAAGAUCAACACCAAGAAUAUGAAAUAGUAAGUGACCAAGCUAUUAAUGAUCUUUUUGUUUUGGUUCUCAGGUCAGACAGGGGAUGGAAAAACACAUUUGAAUGAAAAGUUUGGCUACUGACGAGUCUUUAAAUGAAUAGAGAGCAGUUUCAUAACAAAAUUUGUCUCAGUUGAUUUAUUUUCAAUGUGUAGUAGUAUUGACAUC